ACGAGCGCACCUCGCUCUAGCACAGCUACAUGUAGGAACAGGAAGUUUGGAAACAGGAAAAAAGUCCCUGAGAGGGAAGAAAAACUUGAGAUUACGUUUAAAAAAAUGAGCAGAAUCUAUCACAACACGUCUUUACAGAACAAACCGGUGCACAAUGAGAGUUUUGACCGUGUGUGGUGUCCUUCUUCGUAUGAAAGUGGUCCUGGGAUUCUUCUGGAGGGGAAACUGAUGGAUGUUUCCAGACAUUCAAUCAGUGAUGUCAACGGACAAAAGGUACGUUUCUACGUGCUGUACAUCAAACCCGGACGCAUCCACCAGAGGAAAUUCGAAGCCAGUGGGAAGGAGGUGGAGCCGAACUUCAGCGACACCAGAAAGGUCAACACAGGCUUCCUUAUGUCCUCCUACAAGGUGGAAGCCAAAGGAGAGUCCGACCGCCUGACUGAAGAUCAGCUGUCGCAGACGAUCAACAAAGCUGAGCUGGUUAAAAUCACGGACAAGCACCGACCUGCUGGGAGCUGGGCCUUUUGGUACCCAGAGUCGGAGAUGGACAAAACAGAGCUGGAAAUGGGACAGGAAGUCCGACUGAAGACCAGAGGAAACAGUCCUUUCAUCUUCUCUUUAGCCAAAGUGGACAGCGGGACGGUGACCAAAUGCAACUUUGCUGGAGAUGAAAAGGCCGGCGCCUCGUGGACCGACAAGAUAAUGGCCAACAAAACAGACGGCAGCAGCUCUCAGGGGCCUGGAGCGGCAGGGGAGGGAGCCGAGGAGGACGAAUGGGACGAUUGAAGACAACGUGGGUUCUGAUCUGGUCUUCAGGGUUAAACGGUUUUCAUCCUGCAUCAACUCUGAAGAUUGCAGCUGCAGUGCUUUUAAAAAAAAAAUAACAAUAAAAAAAAAGUAUGUUUUUGUUUUA